AUGGCACCACGAAAUCUACGAGCAAUGCUCUCGCUAAUAGUGGCAUUUGUACUCUUCACACUAGUUUCAUCAGUACAUGUUCAGGAGUCUCAAAUAGAUAGAAGAGAAGUUGCACAAGAGCCACGCAGAGGUGAAUACUUGAACAGAAAUAUCUCGCCUUUGGAAUCGAGGUCGCUUUCAGAAUGGCGCUUGGAGAACAUUUUACUUGUCAGUGAUAUCGAUGGAAACUUGCACGGUUUGGAUCGUGCGACUGGGUCUUCUAUAUGGGAACUUCCUAUUGAAGAUCCAUUGGUUAGAGUUCACAGAGAGAAAGAGGGAAACGAAACAUCUGAGCAUUCAAAUGUGGUUUGGAUAGUAGAACCCUCCAAGGAUGGGCUUCUCUACUACUUCACACCCGAAUUCGGGUUGAACAGACUACCCACCUCGAUCAAGAACCUAGUAAUGGAAUCGCCGUUCUCCUUGAGUGGUGACGACAAAAUCUACACCGGGUCCAGAAAAACAUCUUUGUAUUCCAUAAAUGUGCGCACAGGUCAAAUAAAGAACCAAUUCGGUCAAUCGGAUGAUGAUAAUUGUCCGGUGCCAAAUGUCUAUAAGACACCCCACCACGACAGCGCGAGAGGCUCUGACGAGACAGUCAUGAUUGGCAAGUCCACCUAUGAGCUUUCAAUACACUCCAAAUUGGAUUCCAGCGUGGUAUGGAACCUCACCUUCUCUCAAUGGGGCCCCAACAACAUCGACGCAGACCUUAUCAUGCAAAACACACAAUCGCGCGACAAUCUAUAUUUCACGCCAUUUUUUGACAAGUCUCUUCUUGCAAUAAACAAGGUUCUUGGCACACCAUCCUGGAUUGGACGCCUACUGUCAUUGGCUGUUGAUGUUUUUGAUGUCUACAGUCAUGGCGGCGACGAGUUUGCCGCUAUACCACAUCCUUUAAACUUGUUAAAUGAGUUGCAGGCAACUGAGUACGAGAAAAGUCAAAAUCUAUGUUUCAUCAACAAAACAGCCAGUGGAACCGAAUGGUUCGCUAUGAGCUUCAGAAACUUCCCCGCGCUCGUCAAACUGGCUCCAACGUCCCCCUAUCUUUCUGCACUUCGAAAGCAUAAUCGUGGUUUCUACGAUGAUUCUGACAUUGACAAGCUUAAGAGGACGAAUGUGCUUGACGACACGGCGGAGUUCUAUUUCAGUGGUGUUCAUGAGAUCUUUGAUUUAGAUUCUGGAAAUCUGUAUCAACCUGUGGCUCGAUUCAAGCCGACAAAACGAAUUGGGGAUGGCAACGAUAUCAACUUACCCCCACUGGCCGCAACAGACACGAAAAACAUCCCCAGCCUAAUAAGUGGUAUCUUUUUUGCUGACGAUAAAAAAGGACUUGCGACAGUUGAUAGGAAUCAGCCAAAAGAUCUCAAUUCGAACCCAGCAAGUUUUUACACGAAUUUACCCAUCCGCUACGAAACUCAUACUGCUUUCGACGAUCUACACAGACAUGAGCCAGUAUCACUUUUGCGCAGAGUUUCUGAAGAUCUUCUUGUCAUGUCAAUUUUAGUAGGCGCUCUACUCGGCUUCAGAAAAAUCAGUCACUGGGCAAAAUCCCGUAAUUCGAGACAACAUAAGAGUGAAAAGAUCUCUCUCAUAUCUCCGACAUCAAAUGAAGUCGAAAUUCAAGAAAAAAUUGAUAAACCUUUGCCGCUGGUUCCUGAACCUAUCUCUUCCCUGAGCCCCGCAGACUCUGGGUCAAGCACACUAGUGGAAGAUGAUAAUCAAAUUCGAGAUAAACCACGCAAAAAGGUAGAUUUUGUUUCGCCAGGAGAGGCAGAGAAGGAUGAACAGGAUUCUGAAAAUGGUCUUGAAACAGAUGACGAGACAGAAUCUCAGGUGGCAAUCACGAAGAAAAAAAGGAAAAGAGGCAGUCGCGGAGGUAAGAGAAGUAACAAAGUAAAAAGAAACGCAACCAAAGAUGAUGAUGAAGAAUAUGCGAUAGCAAAUGGCGGCGGGGAUGAUACCGAAGAGUUGCCCGCACAACCAUCCCUCUUGAGAGUAUCUCCGAAGGUUGUUGGGCCAAGAAUGAAGCUACUGGUCAACAGUAAUCUCAUCAUUUCGAAGGAAAUUUUGGGAGUGGGGUCUCACGGAACUAUCGUUUACAAAGGGACGUUUGAAAACAGACCAGUUGCUGUAAAGCAAAUGCUUGACAAUUUCUACCACCUUGCAGACCAUGAGGUGCGACUUCUCCAAGAAAGUGAUGAUCACCCCAAUGUCAUUCGCUACUUUUGCUCGCAGUCAAGUGACACUGGCAAUUUCUUGUAUAUUGCUUUGGAAUUAUGUGUCUGCUCUUUAGCUGAACUCGUGGAAAAACCAGAUGCAUAUCCCGAGCCAUUACGCUUGAAAGAUAGACUGCGUAACGAUGUUCUUCUUCAGCUAGUCAAUGGUCUUCAUUACUUGCAUUCUCUCAAAAUUGUUCACCGUGAUCUCAAACCGCAGAAUAUCUUAGUGGGCGAGCCUUCAAACCGCCAAAAACAAGAGAAUGAUUCAACUGUCAGACUAUUGAUUUCGGAUUUCGGUCUUUGCAAAAAGCUCGACGCAGACCAGUCUUCAUUUAGAGCCACAACAAACCAUGCAGCGUCUGGAACAAUGGGCUGGAGAGCUCCAGAAUUACUUUUACUGCAUGACUUGCACGAGAUAUCACCCCAAGCGUUCACAUCCACGCAUUCCGAACAAUCUUCGAUGGGCGGCGAAUCCUCUGAAAACAAUGGCCAAGGAAAGAGGCUCACAAAAGCAAUUGACAUCUUUUCUCUUGGAUGUGUAUUCUACUACAUAUUAUCUGGCGGUGGGCAUCCAUUUGGAGAUAGAUACCUUCGGGAAGGUAACAUCAUUUGUGGAAAAUAUGACUUGAGUCAUAUGCCGACCUUUUGUCCUGACGAUCAUGUCGAGGCGCAUGAUCUCAUCAAAUCCAUGAUUGGGUUUAGCCCAAAUCAACGUCCAAAUACUGCUCAAAUUCUAAAGCAUCCAUAUUUUUGGUCAACCAAGAAGAAAAUGGAGUUUUUACUCAAGGUCAGUGAUAGGUUUGAAUCAGAGCGCCGAGACCCUCCCUCAGCGUUGCUUCUCAAACUUGAAGAGAUCGGCCCCAAGAUUCAUGGGGGAGACUGGCUAGCAAAGUUUGACGAAGAUUUCAUCAAUAACUUGGGGAAGUACAGAAAGUACUCGACUGCCAAACUCAUGGAUUUGUUGAGAGCAUUCAGAAACAAACUCCACCAUUUUAACGACAUGCCACCAGAACUCCAAUCUCAGAUGAGUCCGGUUCCGCAAGGCUUUUAUCAGUACUUCAACAGGAAGUUUCCCAACUUACUCAUGGAGGUACAUGGCAUGAUUAGAAACACACUACAAGAUGAAUUUGUAUUCGAGGAGUUUUUAUGA